AUGUUGCACUGGUUGACGUCCUUUAUGACGACCUUUACGGGCUACCUCGCCCCGGUCUUCCUCAUCCUGUCGCCCGUCCUCUCUUACAGCGACCAGGCGCUGUCGAUGCACCGAAACAAGUCAAGCGCUGGGUUCUCUCUCGAUAUCCCGCUGAUCAUGCUGGUGGCAUCUCUGCUGAAGAUCUUCUACUGGCCCGGCGCGCGAUUCGAUACGGCCCUGCUUGUUCAAGCACUCUUAAUGAUUGUAAUGCAAGUCGUCCUCCUCAAGAUUGCCCUGGAUCACCGCCUGCCCCCGUCGUCCAAGGGAGGAGAGGCCGCGACGCCAUUCGCAAACGUCAACGAUGGCCCCGUUUUCGGGGCUCAACGACCUUACAACUUCUGGCAAUGGAGGUCGCCCAAGCCCUACUGGCAAUUCAUAUUCUACUUCUUCAUCGCCCUGACCGUCUGCGAACUGCUCCUUACACCGAUGCCGUCGAUUUACCAAACCUACUCGAUCAUAAUCGGUUACAUCGGUCUUUCGGUCGAAGCAACACUGCCCCUUCCCCAGAUCUUUUCGAAUGCGCGAUCGCAGUCUUGCAAGGGUUUCCGUUUCUCUGUGCUGGCCAGCUGGCUGAUUGGUGAUGCCAUGAAGAUGUUCUGGUUCUUCACCUCGUCGACCGAAAUCCCCUGGGCCUUCAAGCUGUGCGGCAUGUUCCAGGCCUGCUGCGACUCAUUCCUCGGCGUCCAAUACCUUAUGUACGGUGAUGGUGAAAAGGGCGACAUUAAGGAGCACCCUAUGUCCCAGUACCCUCAGUACCCCAACGGUGCCUACAAGCCACCUCUGCCCGAGCACGUCGCCGGUCGGGCUACCCCUGUCCGGAGAACGUCUUCGCCGUACGGUAAGGAGCUUCAAUAA